CUCUCACUCACACACAUAUCGGUGUGCAUGUAGAUGAUAUUGAUGCAUAUCCAUACAAACUUAUUCCUAGGAUCCACAGAGAUCACACAAGUGCCUACAUAAAUGUAAAGCAAGAGCAAGUGCAAGCUAGCAAUCUCUCUCUCUAUCUCUCUUUCUCUCUCUCUAAACCCUUUGCUUGCAAUUCUUCUCUCAUCAUCUUUCUUCUUCAAAAAGGAGGUUGAAACUCCUCUGCGUCAAUCGAUAUUCUUCUCUCUUCAUGCAUGCAUGACAACACAAAAGCUAUGCUAUAUAUGAUAUACAUACAUACAUAUAUACUUGCAAGUAGUAAUAGUUAGUUAGCUCUCUCUCACACAAGCAUCCUUGUACAGCUGUGCUACAUACUGAUGAUGGCGUCCCAUGAACCCCACCACCACCUCCUCGGCUUCUCCUCCUCGUCCCCAGUGACCCCCAACCCUGCCGCCAUGGCCAUGGCCUUCGACCACCACGGCCUCUUCGCCCCACUCCAGGAGGACAUGCCACCGCGAUCCGGAGGCGACAGGCCAUGGCCGCCGCAUGUGUCAAUGCUCUCUCUCGACAACACAGCCAGCCAGCAUGAGCUGCAACCUUUCACAGUGGCACCGCCAUCGAUGAUGACCAUGCAGCAGCAGUCCUUCUGGUUAAAUAGCUCCAGGUACCUAGGCCCUGCGAGGGAGCUGCUCAGUGAAUUCUGCAACCUCGAAGGAGAUGCCAUGAACCGCGGUGCGACGAUGCAAGCUCCGAAGCUGGACAGCGACAAGUCGCCGGCGUGUGGCCCAUGGGGCGCCAACCCGUCUGUGAGCUCCAUGGAUUACAUGGCGCUCGAGAGGAGGAAGACCAGGCUACUGUCCAUGGUUGAAGAGGUGGACAGGUGCUACCGGCGAUAUCGUGAGAAAAUGCGGGCGACGGAGAUGUCGUUUGAUGAGGUGGCCGGCAUGGGGGCAGCACAAGUGUACACGAAGCUGGCGAUGCGUGCCAUGUCACGCCACUUCCGGUGCCUGAGGGAUGCACUCGUUGGGCAGAUACGAACUUUGAAGAAGUCAAUGGGGGAGAGCAGGGACGCCGACGGCAUGUUAGCAGCACCGGGCGCAUCAAAAGGGGACACACCGAGGCUAAGGGUUGUGGACCAAUGCCUAAGGCGGCAAAGGGCGUUCCAGCAAUAUGGCGGUGCCGCCGCCAUCGAGAGCUGCCCGUGGCGGCCCCAACGUGGCCUGCCAGAGCGCGCCGUCGCCGUCCUCCGCUCGUGGCUCUUCGAGCACUUCCUCCACCCGUAUCCAAAUGAUGUAGACAAGCACAUUUUGGCGCGCCAAUCCGGGUUAUCAAGAAGCCAGGUUUCCAACUGGUUCAUCAAUGCAAGGGUUAGGCUAUGGAAGCCCAUGAUAGAGGAGAUGUAUGCAGAAGAAACCAUACAACAUGAUGACAACGGCGCUAGCGAUGGUAGAGCAGAACCUUCCCCCGCGGAUCAUCAAAAAAACAAGUUAGCGGCAUGGACGAAGGUUGCGACAAUAAGAGAUGAAAGUUGCCAUCGCUUUAGCAGCACAAACAAUCCUAGUGGCUGCUUUAUCCCAUCCUCCCUUGUUGCUGAGGGCGGCGAACUCCGUGGCUACCCAUGUUUGCGCAGUGAUGUUGGUAAUGGCGCGGUGUCACUUACCUUGGGACUCCAGCAGCAACGGGCGUUCACAUCACCAGCGAUGAUCAUGCAACAACAAUCGUCACUCAUAAUUGGAGCUGAGGAGGAAGAUGUGGUGCUACCGUAUAGGAACCUCAUGGGGUCUGAGCUGCUGCAUGAUUUUGCAGGCUAGGAGACAAGAACAUAAUCUAGUGCCACAACCCAUAUAGGUGCUACCUUCACCGAUUGAUUGAGUACGUGUAUAUUGUAGUACUAAAUAUUGAAUUCAUACUCCAACCAGUUGCUUCAAAAGUCCGAACAAAUGAUGGGUGGCGGUCAAUAUAUUUCAACGCUGCCCCCUCAAGUCUAGGCUAUUUUGAUCUUAGAUGUGGGAUCAAUGUAGGCCACAUAAUCAUUUAUUUUUAAUACUGUGUUGGCAGGAUCUUAAA